AUGUUGGAGACGAAAAUAGGAAACGUCGCAAAGAUUGACUUAUUACUCAAUCAGGCCCUAAUUAGAUCUAUUUCCUCCCGGCCUUCUCUCUCAAACUCUCCCCCUCUCCAUCUCCUCCGAUCUGCCCUCGUCGUUGCCGUCGCCGACCGCCGCCCACCGCCGCCGUCUGCUGCUGAGCCGUCGCCGACAUCCGCCCGCCCGCCGCCGCCGUCUGCUGCUCACCCGUCGCCGACAUCCGUUCGCCCGCCGUCAUCCAGCCGUUGCCCCCAAUCUCCGCUGCCGAUCCUUUGCCGUCGCAGCCGUCCGCCCCAGCCGUCCGCCGCCAGCCCUCCGCCGUUGCCGACAGCCCUCCGCCGUCCGCCGCCAGCCCUCUGCCGCUACUCCUCCAAUUUCAAGAUUUCAAUUCAAGCCGAUGAAGAAUUGUCGUGA